GCAGCGGAAGUACACUUCCAAACAGGACGCGAGGGUCGGCCAAACAUGGCGUCGGCUGUGCUGGCGCUGCGGACGCGAGCCGCUGUUACAGCUCUGGUUAGUUCCAGUCCAACUACAGUUCUUGCUGUUAGAUAUGCGUCCAAGAAGACAGGUGGUAGCUCCAAAAACCUGGGUGGAAAAUCACCAGGCAAACGCUUUGGCAUCAAGAAAAUGGAAGGUCACUAUGUUCAUGCUGGCAAUAUCAUUGGGACUCAGCGCCAUUUCCGCUGGCACCCAGGUGCUCAUGUAGGGCUGGGGAAGAAGAAGUACCUGUAUGCCCUGGAAGAAGGGAUAGUCCGUUACACUAAAGAGGUGUAUGUGCCCAACCCCAAUGAUUUGGAGGCUGUGGAUAUGGUCACCAGGCUACCCAAGGGUGCUGUGCUCUACAAGACUUUUGUCCACGUGGUUCCUGCCAAACCUGAGGGCACCUUCAAACUGGUAGACAUGCUGUGAAGUUCUGGGGCCUUCGGACAGAGACUGGAAUCCCGGUGACAGGAGAGAGUAACAUCAGAAGUCCAAGGCCUCCAAGGAAGAGGUCUGCCGGAUGGUGGCUGUGGGGGACUCUGCAGUGCAGGGAAACCCUAGGAGGUCUGAAGCUUAAUAAAGCUGACUGGAGUCCCCAGUGUGCUUUGGGGACAAACCUGG